CCCUCUAUAACUGGGGAGAUAAAAUGUGAACUUCAAUCAUUUUCGCGCCAAACGUAUUCAGUAAGCAUGUAAGAUCAGUCAGUAGUUAUGUUAUAUUACGCGGUGUAGUUAGAUUUCAGGACAGUGUCAAUUGUAUUUCAAGUACAGAUUUUAUUUAAAACUAAUAGUUAUUUAAAGAUUUUCAAGGCUUUAGAAAUAAUGAUGGACACAACAUUGAAAAUGAAUGAUUGUAAUUUGGACGAUGCGAAUAACGUAGAUAACGGAUCUAAUGUACCAGAUUCAAAAGAAAUAAACUCUAUUGAAAUCGAACCAGAGCUGUGUAAAUCUGAAAUUAAAAACCAUUUAAACAAUGAAACUGAUAUCAAUGUAUCCGAUAAAACUUUGGAAAGCAAAGAUGAACAGAAGAAUACUCAGAAAGAUGAUGAACUCAAAGAAAAUAAUGAUGCUCAUAGAAAGCUACUGACAAUAAUAGAUAGUGAUUCAGAAGAUGACAAUAUCUUUAUUUCUAAAUCCAUAAAUAAGAAAACUAUUCACGAGAGUUCAGACGAUGAAAUGCCCAAUUUAGAUCAAAAUAAUAAAUUUAAAAAGCAUUCAAUUAAUAAGAACAAAAAGAAUGACUUUGACAGUGAUUCUGACGAUACAUCUAAUAUUAUUAAUGGUAAUGACAAUGAAGAAACAAUCACAAGUGAGAGAAAAGAUACAAAUAAUAUACAGAGUAGGAUUCAAACUUUAGUAGAUCUGGAUUCAGAAACAGAAGAUGAUGAGAAGCAACUAAGUCCUAUGAAAAAUAAAAAAAGAACAAAGAAACAAGGUGAAAAGAAAUCUAAUUCUAAGAUGAGAAAAGUUUCAUUGAGAGCCUCUAAAGAGGAGGCUAUGAAACAGAUACAUAGUGAAACUCAAAGGUUAGUAAGAGAAACAGAAGUUUCUCUUCCUUAUCACAGACCAAAGCAACGAUCAUUACAAGAAUUUUUAAGCAGAAGAAAGGUAAUAACGUCACUUCCAAAGGCACCCACAAUGGCAGCUAAGUUAAAAAUGUCUUCUGCUAUUGUCGAUGAAGUUUUGAAAGAAAAAGAGAAAGAAGCAGAAAUCUUCUAUAAAUCCUCAGAUUCAGAAGAAGAAAUUAUAGAGGAUCAUUCAUCGGACAAAGAAAAUUUAGAAUCCAAACAGGAGAUUAAAAAUAAUAAUGUUUCACGAAAAUUGUUUACCGAUAUUAGUUCAUCUGUAAAUGAUAAUAAAGAGGGAAAUAUUUCGAAUGAAACACAAGAAACUUUAGCUGAAAUGAAAGAAUGUGAAGAUAACGAAGUAAUAACAAACGACGAAACAAAAAAUCCAAACGAUUCAUUGAUAGUAGAGGUUCAUUGUGAUUCUGAUGAUGCAGAGAAUAUAAAUGAAACCUCUGAACUGAAAGUCGUAGAAUCAUGUGAAAUCUCUGAAAAUGCAAAAGUAAGCGAUACUUCGUUACCAAAAGAUGUUACUGAUAUUUCCGAAAAUGAAAACAAUGACCAUGAAGAAAAUAACAUAAAAGCUCCAGAAUCUCCAGAUUCUUCUGUUGUAAAAGUUAACAACGAUUAUGCUAAACCUGUAAAACGGUCUUUAGGAUUGGAUGAAAAUGAGUUAGAUGAAUACGGUUUACCGCCACCUAAAUUCGAUGACUUACUAAAUAUAAAUGAAAAGAAAACUUCGUUGAAUUUCAUGAGUUUAAAACCUAAACUAAGUGGCGCUCCUGGUAGCAUGAUCGAUUUAACAGAUGAGAUUAAACCGAAUAAAAAUGGAGUAAAUGCUUUGAUAGAUAGAUUUAUGAAUAAGCAUUCGAAAGCCAGCGGACGCACCGAUGAUACACCUAAUGUUACGGUAACUCAUGUAAUCAAAUCUCCAGACGGAAUAUCGGUUGUGAAAGAAACACUUCCAUACAAAUCAGCAGCUACAAUGAAUGAAGAUUUUAAAUUGAAAAAACCUGGAGCUAAAUUGGUGCGUUUAAAGGAGGAAUUGAAACAUAAAAUGGCGCUGAAACGCGACGAGGAAUGGAAACAAAGAGAGCAAGAAAUGAAAGAACAGGAGAUAGAGUGGGAUGAUUCUAUAAUCGAGGAAGAGCAUUUAAGCGAUACAAGCGUAGAGUCUGUAAAUAGCGAUGAGGAUGAGUUAGAAGAAGAUGAUGUAUAUAUAAUGAAAGAAAAAAAGAAAAAGAGAAAUGCUUAUGUAGAUGACGAAGCUGAUGUUAGCGAUGAUUACAUAAAUGAUAGCGAAGAAGAUGAAUCGUCGGAACAUUCAGAAAACGAAGAAGAUAAUGAAAAAGAUGUAAAAUGUAAAACGUUCAAGAGAAUCUUAGAACCUUCGGAUGAUGAUUCCUUGUAUUCGAAUACCGAUAAUGUUGAAAGUACAGCGGAUAAAGAAAAAACGGCUUCCCUUUCUCAAGUGAUAGGAGUAGAUAUGUUUGAUAUAAAUGCUAAAGCGAAUGAAGAGAAUAGUGAUAACGAAAGUGAUAUUCAAGCCUUUCAAGUACACGCGGCAAACAAUUUAAAAUGUCAAACGCCGCAAAUUAAAAUGAACUGCUUCGAUUUUAUUUCUCCUGUGACGCAGUUGACGGCAUUAAAUGCGCGCGUAGAAUCCGAAAACGAAUCUCCUGAAAUUGAAAAGCAGUUACCUAUUAAUAAAAUUAAUUCUAUCUUAAUAGGAUAUACGCAGUCUCAGGAAUUAUCUCAAGAAUUGAAUGAUCUUAAGAAACGAUCACUGCCGCAAAGAGAACUAUUUCCCGAUCAAAGCAAACUGUUAGGCAAACAUUCGACGCAGGAUAACUUUCGUUUAUCAAGCGAACCUAAUGUAACUGAAUCACAAUUAUUAGAUUUAUGUUCAGGAACAUUUGGUUCUCAAGUAAGUGAUCCUAAGCAAUCAACGAAUGAGUUCUUCGAUGAAACAUCACAAAGUGUGCAGGCAUCUCCUGAAAAAGAUUCUCUAAUUGCUAAGGAAAACACAUAUAACGAAGGCGAGGAAAUAACAUCUCGGAACAAGUUAAGGGUUGUAUUAUCCGAUGAAGAAGAUUCAGCACAAGAUAAAAUUAACAAUCGAUCAAAGAGAAAAGUAAAAAAACUAGAUUUAUCUGAUGAUGAGAGUGAAAAAGAUUCUGCGGAGUCCAGUGAUGAUGAAGAAAAAGAAGACGACGACCAAGACAAAUAUGUAGAUUAUGAUUCAGAGGAGAACGAGAUAGUUGUUUCGAAGAAAAACAUUAAACAAUAUGCGACUACAUUUUUAGAAGAAGAAGCUGAACUCAGUGAGAGUGACUGUGAAGUAUCUGCAGAUGAAGAUGAAGAUGAAUUGGACAAACUUGAAUUAGAAGAAGUAGAUGAUGAAGAUAUCGACGAGUCACAAGUGAAGAAGCAAUUAGAAAAAUUGCACGUGAAACAACUACUGGACGAAGAUCAAAAGGAAGUAAGAAUGCUUAAAGAGUUACUUUUUGAAGAUGGAGAUUUGUACAGUGAGAGUGCACGAGAGCGAAAAUUUAAAUGGAAAAAUAUAGAUAAACAGGAAGACAAUGAUAAUUCUCCAUUAUUGGAAGGUAAAGAUGGUUGGGUUGAUUUAUCAGACGACGAGGAAGAUUUCAAAUGGCGUCAAUUAAAAUUUGAAAGAGACAAAUUCUUGGCUGAACAAAUGGGAAAACUCGAUGAUGACAUUGAGAAAGACUUAGGUACAAGUCAGAUAUUUAACUAUGGAAUGAAGAUUUUAAAGAAAAGACGAAUUACUGAAUCACUUAAAGAAGAUACGUUAUUAGAAGUUGACUCCAAAACGGAAUCAAGAAUACCUCAUACUGUGGCGGAAAUGUUGAAUAGUACAAAAUUAGAAGGAAGUUCAAGUGUGAUACAUAGUGUUCUGCAGAAGCGCUCAUUUCUUGCAAAGGGAGAAGAAUCUUUGGCGCGUUUGGCCGCUGUAGCUAAAAAGAAAGAUAAAAGUUUGGCAGCCAUCGAUAGGAAAAAAUUUGUGUUUAUUCCUAUAGAUCGAUCUACCAAAAAAGAAAAUUCACCAGUGAUAAAAAUACAACCAAAACCUUUUAACGUGAGAAAGAAGCGUUGAUAUUAUACAAUUUCGUCAAUAAACAGUAAAUAUUAAAUAUAAAUAAAUUAAAAAGGUGAAAAUAUAAUUCUUAAGCAAGUUUAUACAAAAGACUGAUUACAAUUUACCGGAAUGCAUAUGUCAAAUUUAUCAUUCUUAUGAAAUAGAGUAAUAUUAUAAUCAAUUAAUUGCUACAAAACCGUUAAAAAAUGUUUAUACAAUACAAAAAUCAUUUUAAUUUAUAAAAUGUUAUAAAUUAUAUAAAACCAUUGUAUAAGUUUAUUGUUGUUAAAAAAAUUAUAAAUAAAUACUUAUACGAAAAUAAA